AUGGAUAUCAAAGGCGGGGAGUGUAACUGGCUUUUACUUUUUGACAUCGCUCUCAGUCAUGGCGAGUCCAUUCGCCAGCAACGCUUGCGAUACUCUGGGCUACUCACGCUGCUGCGCUCUGCUGGUCUUCUUGGCCCCAAAACGGGUGUGUAUCAAUUUUUGGUUGAAUCGCUUUGGCUUUUUCACGGGAAGCCACUGAGACCCAAUGAAAACGGCGACGCCACGAAAGGAGAUUUCCCCUUUCAUGAUCUUGCGGUUGACUUUGAUGGUUUUCUUGCCAUUAUGAACGUUGUAUGCGUAAGAUGCUAUCAGACGCAGCGCUGCUCAGAGCUUUUGGAGGAGAAAUGUCCUGUUUUAGAUGCCAUCAUUUUAUCUUCCGAGGACCAGGUACAUUUGAGGGAAAGUGUGAUUUACACCGGACGCCGCUUUUUAAAACCCCUGAUUAGUAGAUGUCUCGUUUUAAAGAGGACGGUGAUCUCGUUGAGCUCCAUGAAGAAUGGCUGGACACCCUACAUCAAUCAGCUUGUGAUACAUGUUAUGGCUUCAUCAGCCCAUUCUAUUGUUCUACCAAUUUUUAAUCUUUACGCUGUUGAUGGUCGAAUUUACCGCGGCGCGUUUGAGAAAAUGCUGGACGAUGUGUUUCCAAACUUUACGCCUGUUCAGCAAAUAGGCGCCAGAUCUAUUUUUGACUACCCUGGGUUUUUUGGCAUUCAUAAUUUAAUGGAAUAUUCCACUUUGGAAAUCCCCAAUGGGAAAGUGACGGCGUUAGAACUUGAUUCCUUUGCAGAGGCGCUUCUAAUGUUGGGUGUUGUGGCAUUUUCUGACGAAGUGCAGUAUGAGCAUCAUCGACCAUUUACAGCAAAGGUUUGGUCGGUUUUUGAAGAUUACUACAGUAAGUUUGUAGGCGCACCAAUGGUAGAUGAUCCUAUUCUUGACAACAAAUAUGCCUCGAUUCUUCCAGCUAUUAGUCUUCUUUUUCCCUCCAGGGUACCUAUUGACAAAACGUCGUCUUUUAUCAUUGGGGGUUGGAACCUGACUGUUGAUGAUCGCUCUGAAGACUCACUGGAUUUGGGUAAGGACUACCCUCCACGUAUUUUUCAAUUUCACAAGAUUAAUAUCACUCCCGACGGUGGAAAUGGAAGGCGUAUAUCUGGGCCCGUACCUGCAACCACUGCGGGACUGGCAUCAACGUUGUUUGGAGAAGAGUUGAAUCGACAAUUCCAGGCUGAACACGAUGUUUUGAUUUAUGGCAUGAGGCGUUGUGCGGUGUAUGUAAAUGAGAUUCGUGUAAUGGCUUUUCAGCGAGGGUCUAAUAGGGUGGAAGUGGUUAUUCCAUCCUCCAUGUGGGAUAUUUCUGUCGAUACAAUACAUGUUCAUUUUGUUGAAUCUAAAGAUAAAGGUAAACUGAUACUUUCUCCCAUUACCAAGGCAUCGGUAUCAUUACGUGACAGCUCUGGUAGCACUAUAUUCAGCUCAAAGGAUGUCCUAUUUGUGGCAGCGCCCUUAGUGGAGGUGAUUCCUGCAUCACAAGUACAAGAAUUAAAAAGCCUCUUUGAGCGUCAUUCUACGGAAGCUGUGAUGACGUUUGAAGAAUUUAGUUCGGCGUGCAUUGAAUUAUGUGUUGAUACAUUAUUGGCUCCGCGGGUGACUGUUCAUCGUUCUU